AUGAAGCAAUUUGUUACGAACAAUGAAGACCUACAGCUUUAUGCAGCAGUAAAAGCCAGGGAGUAUCUUGAUAAGCCUGCUGUACACGAGACAAUGGUCAAGGUCAGUGCUUAUAUCCUUGGAGAAUACAGUCACCUUCUGGCCAGACGGCCUGGGUGUAGUCCAAAGGAGAUUUUUAGCAUCAUACAUGAGAAGCUUCCUACUGUUUCGACUUCUACGAUUUCCAUUCUUCUUUCAACAUAUGCUAAGAUUUUAAUGCACAAUCAACCCCCAGACCCAGAAUUACAGAAUCAAAUUUGGGAAAUUUUUCACAAAUAUGAGAGUUGUAUUGAUGUUGAGAUACAGCAAAGAGCUGUUGAAUAUUUUGCAUUGAGUAGGAAAGGUGCAGAUUUAGUGGAUAUAUUGGCUGAAAUGCCUAAAUUCCCCGAGCGCCAGUCUGCAUUGAUUAGAAAAGGUGAAGAUACUGAAGCUGAUACUGCGGAGCAAAGUGCUACUAAGUUGCGGUCACUGCAUCAAACUUCUAAUGCAUUGGUAAUGACUGACCAACGCCCUACCAAUGGAAUGCCACCUGUGAACCAGCUUGGUCUGGUGAAAGUGCCUAACAUGAGCAAUGUAGUGAGACAUGUUUGA